CUUGUCCCCGUACGUGGCCACUUACAUCUCCAUGUAUCUCAGGUUUAUUCUCCAAGCUUUCUUUCUGUUUUUAUGCCUUGUAUGUUCUGUAAAGAACUAUCAUGCUGAACAAGCUGAAGCCCGACUCUCUUAUAGUCACAUUGUUAAAGUCAGUUCUCUUUUGCCCGCGACCGUUUGCAACUGGAAUUCCACAAGAGUUCCAAGCAAAGCAUCUGUGGAGGUUGUAAGCAGAUAUGGUCCAUGCUCGUACAUUAAUAAGGGCAAAGGAAAAACUCCAAAUUACAAGGAGAUUCUGCGCAAAGACCGGGCCCGAGCCAAAUACAUUCAAUCCAGAAUCUUCAAGCACAAACAUUCUGGCAGUGAUGAUGACCUUUUAAAGCAAACAGACGCCUUCACGGUCGGUACCAAGCCUGAGUUAUCAGAUGGGGUAUCCGUGGGGUUUUAUAUUACUGUAUCCUUGGGAACGCCAGGACAAAAUGUUAGUCUCCUUUUGGAUACUGGUAGCGACAUCACUUGGACACAGUGCAAGCCAUGCCAACAAUGCUUCAAACAGAAAACCCCCUUAUUUGAUCCAUCCAAAUCCUCCACGUAUUCUGCCGUUCCAUGCCAGUCGUCAGCCUGUUUACCAGAUUUCGGACGAUUUUGCGAUGAGAAAACAUGCGUCUACAGUGCCUUUUACGGCAGCGGUAGUUCCAUUGGCGUCGUCGCAACUGAAAAGUUAACCAUAAUGAACGGCCGUUCUGAUACUUUUAUCAAAAACCCUUACAUUUUUGGAUGUGGCAUUAACAAUUCCGCCGACUUCGACGGAGUAACUGGCUUAAUGGGUCUCGAUCGAAAUCCAUCAUCCUUCAUAUCACAAACUUCCCAAAAAUACUUUUCUUACUGCUAUCCCUCAUCUUAUGGUUCCACCGGAUACAUAACCUUCGGCAAGACUGAUGAUGAAAAAAAAUACAAAUUCGUCAAGUUCACUCCAAUACCUACUUCUCCAAAACAGUCUCAGUUUUACGAUAUUAUCGUCACUGGAAUGGCCAUCGCUGGAUCAAAGCUACCCGUAGCCAGUUCAGAGUAUACUAAACCAGGAGCUAUUAUUGAUUCGGGAACGACCUUCACAUCACUGCCACCAUCUGUGUAUGUGGCCCUGAGAUCAGCUUUCCGUAAGAAAAUGUCAAAAUAUAAGAUGAUAAAACCAGGGAGCAAUGAUGAAUUUGAUAUUUGUUAUGAUUUUAGAAAGUAUGAUAAAGUUGUAAUACCAAAGAUUUCUAUCUUCUUCAAAGGCGGGGUUAAAUUGGAGCUGGAUGUGAAGGGAACUAUGGUCGUUCUUAAAAGGGAUUUAAGCCAAGUGUGUUUAGCUUUUGAUACAAGCUCUGAAUUUGAUGAUACAUCUUUGAUCUUGGGAAAUUGUCAGCUUAGGGGAAUCGAGGUGCACCAUGAUUUUGUCGGUCAGAGAGUUGGGUUUGGUCCUGGUGGCUGCAGCUGAACUUGCACUUGAAAACUAACAAGCAGAAACUCUUGUGCUUCAGUUUAUGUUUGAAAUGCUGCGUUCCUAAUUAUAUGCUUCUACUUUCAAGUAACAUUGAAUAAAGUUCGGAUGUUAAGUU